GCCACUUUUUUUAUGAAAUUAGUAUCGACCAAUCUGCCAAUCUAUCCGAACUACUUGACUACCUGCGUACCAUCUGCGCGUUAGUAUGCUCAUCGCCCGUUCUUGUUUGGGCCCUUGUCCAUGUGUCCAUGCAUGGCAACAAUUGGAUUGAGAUUUGAAUGUUCUGGUCGUGUUCUAUCCACGCUGCUGCUGCUACACUGCUACACUGCUACACUGCUACGGCUACAUUGCCGCGUUGAAAAUUACACGCGGAACAGCAGAACGUACGUGCAGCAAGUAAUUACAGACAUCAGUCCAAUUUCUCUACACCUAUCCUACCCUAUCGUAUCCUACCUACCCAUCCUACCCUAUCCUAUCCUAUCCUAUCCUAUCCUUAUCCUUUCCACCUCUAUUUUCCCUCUUAACCCCUUACCCUACCGACUGGAUAUUUUCCGUCCCCGACCUGACAUGACCUAAUAUUUUCGCCUUUAGAGGUGAGGCCGAGUCCCCUAAAGAACGCCGCAUUCGAGGUAGCACAUCUACCACUGCCGGUGGUCGGGUUUUAUUAGAGGCUCGAGCAGGUACUGCUAAGUCUGAACUUCGGUUCCUUAGUGGUUAGUAGAACGAACUCCCAAAGAGAGAACAAACCUAUAUCCUAGGG